CGGGUCGAUAAUAGUAGAGGUAAAUCAUCUCAGUCAACUUUAUGCGAUUUGUUCAACAUCGGACGUUUAAACUGGUUAAACAAAAAAGGACGUUACCUGUUCUGAAAUUUAGUAAUCCAAAAUAGCUAGGUUAGUUUAUAUUCCGUAAACUCAUUGAUAUAUUAUGGAAAUAUAUCGAUCAAUAAAUAAAUAAUAUUAACACGUAAAAGACUACACAAAACGACAUAGAAAUAUUAAAUAACAUUUAAAAUGGCGACCGGUGUCCUAAAUAUUCUUUCGGAUGAAACCUUUGAUAAAGUAUGUAUUAUAUGUAAACGGAAGGAUAAAAACAGUGAAGCUGAAAAAUUCUGCAUUGACUGUCAGGACUAUUAUUGUUUGAAAUGUGUCAAAGUUCACGAGGAUGUACCUUUACUAAGCGACCAUGAAAUUCUGGACAAAGAUCAUUUUCCAUCUAGCCCGAGUUCAAACUUACCAACGGCUCCGACAGAACAGUGUGAGCGACACAAGCAUAGACAUGUAGACAUGUAUUGUGAAAUUCACGAUGUUGUCGGAUGUUCGACGUGCAUGACUUUAGAUCAUGGGUCAUGUCAAGAUCGUUUCUACAUAUCAGAGUACAUUAAAAAGGAUGUAACAAUCGACACUAUCAAGAAAGAGCUCAAAUCGUGCGAAAAAACACUGGAUGAAAAUCAAACCUUUUUCCAGCGCAAUAAACAACGACUUCUGAAAGAGAAAAGUAGUCUGCUGGAGGAUAUCAAACGAUUACGAGAGAAAAUCAAUGCAAGACUCGAUGAAUUAGAGAAGAACAUAUUGCGUGAAGUAAAUGUUGUAUUUAGUGGUUUGAUAGAAGAGGCAGAGAAACAGUUUAACCUGCUUCAAACUUGUAAGGAAAAUGUUAAAUCUGCUCUAAACAAAUUUCAAUCCUCUAGUACGAGUGACCAACAGAAGUUUGUGAAUUAUAAAAGAGGGAUUCAAAUUGCCGAUAAUGUCGACGAACAACUUCGGAAUAUUAGUACAAACAAGCAGAAUGUAACUGUUGUGUUUAUACCUGACAGCGUAAUACAAGCACUGUUGGAAAAAAUAAAAUGUUUUGGUAAACUUAGCCAAAACUCUAAAGAUCCAUUUUUGCAGAUCAAAAAUAGGGUAGAAGAAAAAUCAAUUAAGGAUAAAACUGACUCAAGCAUGUGUAAUAUUGUAAGUGCAUGUCUUACGGGAGAUGGAUCAAUUAUAUUAUCUGAUCGUUUGAAUAAGAAUUUGAAACGUUUGGAUGAUUCUACUUUUGCUGUUUCAGAAGUAUAUCAACUACGUGAAGCUCCGUGGCAAGUGUGCACAAUCAGGCAAACAGAAAUGGCUGUCUGUUUGCCAUUGAUCAAUACAGUCGAGUUCGUCUCGAUAGGAAAUAAACUGUCAAAAUCAAAUGAACUAAAAACAGAUUUUAUGUGUUAUGCAAUAGCCUAUAGUUCCGGUUAUCUGUAUAUUUCUGACUCCCGCACUUCCGUGUAUGUUUAUAACUUAUCAGGAAUAAAAAUUAAACAGUUCUGUAUAGACAAUUCUGGUAACAUACAAGCCUCGGAUAUUCGUAGUCUAGCUGUAAAUAAAUCAAGGAUUUAUGUUACCGACUCAAAGAAAGGACUUAUUAUUCUUGAUAAAGAUGGAGCAAGUACAGGCAUAGUUGACGGACCAAAGGUAAAAGGCGCACACGGUUGUAGUUUUACUUCAAGUGGCUAUCUCCUUGUUGAUGACAAUGGUUCCGGAAUCCUUCAGUAUGGCGAUAACGACAAGUUUAUUGGUAAAAUAAUAAAAGCUACACAUACUUACAAACAUAAAGAUGCUUCUCGGUUGACAAUGUGUUGUAAUAAACAGAUGACUAAAAUGAUUUUAGCAGGAGCAAAUGACAACAUUGAAGUAUACAGCGUAAGCUAAGGAAGUAGUAGAAAAAAUAUGACUAGUUCACAUAGCGGUAUCUGUCGACUAUUAGAUAUAUAUUGUUUUGAUACAGAUGUUCAAUUGUGUGUAUACAAUUAUUUAAACCAGUGAAAAAGAUCCAUAAAUAAUCUCAAUCAUACCAUGCCUGCAACAUUUAAUGUUUGCUGCGUAAAAUCUUAUUUUCAGGAUUCAAAUACGAAAGUCUCGCGAUAUAAUGACUGUACAAAAUCGUAUUUCAUUAUUUAGGACAUAAAUUGACAACAAAUAAUUUUUCUAUCACCAAAAGAUUUAUUCUCAUCACAUAAAAAUGUAAAACAAUGUUUGAAAAUCAUGCAUCAUGGUCAUUUUCAAAAUAAAAGCGUGAGACACAAUGUCUGUAUUUUUUAUUGUAGGUCUAGAAUAUUUUUGUGCAAUUAAUGUAUUCAAAUUAUAUUGAAUAUCCAUGUAUAAUAAGUGUUUGUUAAAUAUGUUUUUUCUUUAAGGCACAUCAGUUUAUUUAUUAAGAUAAAAAAUUUAAUUAAAGUAUUUAUUUAAACUAUAAAGAAAAGUACAUGUUUGACUCAUAUUUCUUUAAAUUAACAAAAUAAUACAACGUUUUAUUAUUUUUAUCAAAUAGAAAUUUUAAGUUGUCGAAAAUAAUUAUGAAAUCAAUACAUUUAAAAUAAUUUCUUAUUUCAUAAAUUCAAAAUGAUUUCUUAUUUCUUGGUAUAUUUUUGUUGUUGUUGUUCAAGAGUUAACGUAUCUACAGUAAUUUUUCACCUUAUAUAACAGAGGUCAAUGAAAGACCUCUUCCCAAACAAACUUUGUUAAAAAUCUGAACUUACACUAGCCUUCUUACUUCUCCAUAGCAAUAUUAGCGACAAUUUUUGUUCCAAAAUCAGGAAGCUAAGACCUCUUCCCAAUUAAGUGAGAAAAACACUAAUCUACACAAAACAUUCUUAAAUACAGCUUUUUCAAGGCUCUGUACAUUAUGUAAAACAACUAUUAUAUGCCAUUUAAUCCAAUAAAGUUAGCAUAAUUAUUAUGAAAGAAGCAGAACAUUAAAUAUAUGUUUAUCACAAAGUUUAAACCCAACUGCUGAGAAAUCACAAUUUGUCAAAAAUUAAAUUCCUUGUCUGAUGAAUUCAUUCAGUUGAUUUUAUUGGUGCUGAUUUUAAAGUGUCACAUUUAACAAAUCCUAAUUUUGACAUCAUAUUAUUGCCUUGUCAUUCUGCUAUACAAUCACCAUUUGUUCUCAUGCCAACCUGAAAUAACAAAACACAAUAUUUAUACCCAUUCAUUAUGUUACUGAAUGUAUGUUUUAUAGCAUGAAAGAGCAUUAAAUUGUAUAUCAAUA